UCAAAUCACCUCAUUUUUCGGUGUUUUCUCUGUAACUCUCUCUCACCCACCACUCUUUCUUCCUGUGAGAACAUCAUAAGUUUUAAUAGUUACAUACUGAUUACAUAGUCUUUCUUUUGGGAACAGUGAAUGAUUUACAAUAUCAUGGAAACAGUUGAUUCAGUUAUUGUGCUUGUCUGAGUCUGCAAAUUGAUGACUAGCAACCCUAUUAAUUGGAAACCCAAGAGAAGGAGAAGACGAAGAGGACAAGGGUAAUCAGUAAUCUCAUCACAUUUUGUGGGGGGCUUCAUUUUUCUUAAGAAUUUUAAGAAGAAGAAAAAAAAAUGGAGAUUUUGAUGGGUUCAACUUUUACCAUCGAUGUUCCGUCGUCUCCACCGCCGAGCGGCGAGACCGGCGAACGUCUCUUCUUGAACGGAGUAGACAGGUACCCGGAAGAGGACGAAUCGAACUUCCGGAUCUCCGGACCACUAAAGUUUUUCGCCGGAGGUUCGUCGGAGUCGGAGAAUUCGUCGUCGAUCGGAACUCCCGAUGACAGUGACAACGAGGAGGAGGAGGAGGAAGAAGUGCAAAGCAAGUUGAAGAGACGAGCUGGGUUGGGUUCUUUGGAUGCUCUUGAGGACUCUCUUCCCAUCAAGAGGGGAUUGUCGAGCCAUUUCAAUGGAAAAUCGAAGUCAUUCACAGAUCUAUCACAAGUGAGCACCUUGAAGGAGUUGAAGAAACAAGAGAGUCCUUUCAAUAAGAGAAGAAGGGUUCUGAUUGCAUCUAAGUGGUCCAGAAGAUCAUCUUUCUAUUCCUGGUCCAACCCGAAAUCCAUGCCUCUUUUGCCUGUUAAUGAGGACCAUGAUGAUGAUGAUGAUUACGAAGAAGAAGUAGAAGAAGAAGAAGAAGAAAAAGCUAGAAAAGUUCCCUCUGCAUCUUCAUCUUCCUCUUCUUCCUUAACAGAUGAAAAGAAACAAGAGGAUCAAGUGCAGCAGCUGCGUCCCAACAGAAUAUUGCCUGAAUCUUACGCUGCUCACAUGAGGCUUAGACUAGGCAGCUUCAAGUCAAGGAGCUUUUCUCUUGCAGAUCUGCAAGAACAUGAUCACGAGGAAGAACAUGAUGAUGAUGAUGAUUAAUUAAUUAACAUUUUAACAUAGAGUUUUUCUUUUAUUAUUUUGUUAAUGUUGUUGUUAUUAAAUAAAAUUAUUAGUAUUAACUAUUAAGUAACUGUAUUAAACAAAAACAAAAAAACCAAACUUAUCUAUCUCUUCUUAUUUUUUUGGUUAAAACUUAAAGAAUGAGCUUUGUUAAAAGGAUAUACCGUGCAUAUCCUGUGGGUCUAGAAAAGUAAUGAAAGCUUCAUAGUUUAUAUAAUGACAGGGCUCUGAUCUUUUCUUUUCUUUUCUUGUUGUUUUU